ACAAAUGACAAUGAAUAAGGAGAGUUUAUCUUGUUAGUUGUUACUUGUAUUUAUGUGGUCGUAUUAUUGCACCUAUAAUAAUCUAAAGAAUCACUUUAUGUCGAUGAAAUUACAAGUUUGAACGUAAAAUGGCUACUUCGAGUGAUACAUCGGACCAGAAUGUUAAAUCGAGACGCCCUGCAGAAUCGGCCUUUAAGCAGCAGCGAUUGCCAGCUUGGCAACCCAUUCUAACCGCAGGCACCGUUCUCCCUACGUUUUUCGUGAUAGGUAUUGCGUUUAUACCUGUAGGUAUUGGUUUGCUCUAUUUUUCUGAUGAGGUAAAAGAGCAUGUUAUAGACUAUACAUACUGUCUAAAGGAUGAUGAAAAUAUAACAUGUGCUGAAUAUAUAAAGCAGAAUAACAUGGAGCCUUGUACUUGUCAAAUUCCGUUUAAUCUAACCGAGGAUUUUAAAGGUGAUGUGUACUUUUACUAUGGUCUCAGCAACUACUACCAAAAUCACCGGAGAUAUGUAAAAUCGAGGGAUGAUAGUCAGCUGCUUGGACGCUUGACACUCACUCCAUCAUCAGAUUGUGAGCCAUUUGCAUAUGCUGAAGAAGAUGGGAAGAUGAAGCCUAUUGCACCCUGUGGUGCUAUAGCCAACUCUCUCUUUAACGACACAUUGUUAGUACGCUCCCAGGAUUCGGAUAAAAAUGUACCAGUUCUGAGGACAGGUAUUGCAUGGACUUCAGACAAAGAUAUCAAGUUUAGAAAUCCACCUGGAGACCUGAAGACUGCCUUUGCAAACUUUACGAAACCAAUCAACUGGCGCAAUCCGGUUUGGAUGCUGGAUCCCAAUAAUUCAGAUAACAAUGGAUUCCAGAACGAGGACCUGAUAGUGUGGAUGCGCACUGCGGCUCUGCCAACUUUCCGCAAGCUUUACCGAAGAGUUGAUCAUUCACAAGUCGGGUUCAGCACUGGACUAUUUAAAGGACCUUACAUUCUGAGAGUAGAAUACAACUACCCCGUGACAGACUUCGACGGAACGAAAUCGUUCAUUAUAUCGACAACGUCAUUGCUCGGAGGCAAGAAUCCUUUCCUGGGCGUGGCGUACGUCGUGGUGGGCACGCUGUGUCUGCUGCUGGGCAUCGUGCUGCUCGUGAUACACGUGAGAUGCUCCAAGAGCACAACAGAGAUGAUCAACGUGAACCCACGCACUCCGUAUUCUUAAUCUGGACCAGAAACAAAUUAAAACCGUUUGAACAGAAUUCUAAAAUAAAUAUUAAAGCCCUUUGUUAUAUCUUUCACAAGCAUUUGUCGUUACCGAGAUGUGGUAUAGCGCUACACGUGCCAAGACUUGACCGAAUUGUUUUAGAUUAUGAGAUUUUCGUUCUUGUAUAAUCCGCGCGCUAACAGAAUGGGAUGCGAUCUUUAGCGAGACACAAGAUAAGUACCGUCAGCAAACUCGCGUCGAUGUUGACGAAAAUUUAUUCCUAAUUUUUAAUGGUUGUAUAUCGUACGGUUAUUUAUGUUAGUGAUUACGAUAAUUGGAGAUAUGUAAAAUGUUAAAAACACUCUUAAUACAUACAUACAUAUUGCACUUAAACCGUGAGCCUCUUUAUUACUUUGCCAGAUUAAAUAUCCGACAAUAUUUAUACUUCGGAAAUUCUUUGCUAACGUUACUUCUCUCGAGAACAAUUCUUGAUAUACUUUGACAAAGUUCCAUUCCGUUCUCAUCGCGCCGAUUAUAUCGACUGAUAUGCUUUCAUGACAUCGAAAUAUUAUGAAAUUGUAUGAACUCUAUUUGGCCUUUUAUGAACGGCAAAAAUAAUAAGUUAAUGAGAGUUACUGAAUAUGUAACAAUUUGUACGUCAACCGAGUUGCGAAACCUAAAACUUAAUAAAAUACUUACAAUCGCAGGUAAACUGAAUAUAAUAUAAUACAUUGAAUGAUACGUAUCAUGAAACUUUUUAAAAGUGUAAAAAGAUUUAACCGCAAUUUGUGUUGCCAGUAUUAUUCUACUACGGAUCAAGUAAAUCAGUUUCACUUAUAAUUAU